AAUCCGUUUGAAAGCAUUGUGUGGAGCAUGUGGAAUUCUUCAGCUUCUAUAUUAACUUUUCACCAAAGUAGCUGGAAGUCAAAUACAACUUAGUGUUGCUGUUGUUAUUAUUAUUAUUACUUUUUUAAAGUCUGUAAGCUUAGAGCUGAAUGGAAGCAGUUUAACACUUCCCUGAUUAAAGCUCUGGGUCAUAGUUCACCAUCUACUGACAAUAGUUGGGUGUAGUUUCACAAUCAGCCACAGAUUAGCUGUGCUUUCAGUUAAGGUAGUACCAGUUGAAAGAGAAAAUAAUGACAAGUGUGUUGUUAACUAGAUGAGCAGCACCUGGCAGAACUGAAAAAAUGGGGCUAAAGAUACUCUUUUUCUUAUUUGUCACUGGCUUUAUUGCUUAUUACAUUUAUACACCUCUUCCGGAUGCAAUGGAACAGAAGCUGAAAGUCAUGAUGAUAGAUGCAGUUACUAGAACGCUAUAUAAUGUGGUGGGGUUUGUAGAGCUGCUAGGCCUGAAACCCUACAUACAUGCUUUGAUGUUAUUUUCACGUGGAGAAGAUGUAGCAGCAGUAUCAGAUGAAAAUGUUACAGUUACAGACACAGUAUUUAAUGGCAUUCCAGUUCGAGUGUUUAUACCCACAAAACAGAACAAGGAUAGAAGGCGGGGUCUCCUCUACUUUCAUGGUGGUGGCUGGUGUACAGGAAGUGCAGGAAUGAAUACUUAUGAUCUUCUAGCAAGAAUGACUGCAAAUGCAAUUGAUGCUGUUGUUGUAUCAGUCAGUUAUAGGCUGGCUCCAGAAUAUCAUUUUCCUACACAGUUUGAGGAUGUAUAUACGGUAACCAAAUACUUUCUUCAAGAUCACGUCCUCUCUGAGUAUUUUGUGGAUCGAGAUCGGAUUGGUGUGUCGGGAGACAGUGCAGGAGGAAAUCUAGCUGCUGCUGUUGUCCUGCAGGUACAGGAAGAUAAAAACAUUGAUAUUCAGCUCAAGGUGCAAGCAUUAAUCUAUCCUGCACUUCAGGCAGUAGAUUUUGAUACUCCAUCAUAUCAGCAAAAUAAACACAUGCCUCUUUUAUCAAGGUCAUUAAUGGUUAGGUUCUGGAGUGAGUACUUCACAAAUGACACCGCACUCUAUAAAUCUAUGAUGUCAAAUAGGUUCAUCCCUUUAGCCUCUAGACACACCUUUGCAUUUGUAAACUGGGAAAAAUACUUACCUGAGAAAUUCAGAAAAGGACACAUAUACAGUGGGCCGCAGUAUGGAAAUGCAGACCUUCUAAAUAAAUAUCCUGGAAUUCUAGAUUCAAGAGCAUGUCCCCUGUUAGCUGAAGAAACAAAACUGAAGACUUUGCCCAAAACAUAUGUAAUAACGUGUGAGUAUGAUGUCUUAAGGGAUGAUGGUAUUAUGUAUGUAUCAAGAGUAAAAGAGGCAGGCAUCCAUGUAACACAUUAUCAUUGCGAAACAUGCUUUCAUGGGAUACUUAUGUUUGAGCCUUGGCCAUUUUACUUGGAAGCUGCACACAAGGUACUAAUAAAUUAUAUUAACUGGCUUGAUGCAAACUUAUAAAUAUCAAAAGAUCUGAUGUCAUAACACCAGUUUUGCUAUAAACAUUAUUCAUUCCUGAUUUUAAUUAUAUUUUAUUGUUUGGACACAUUGAUGAUGAAGACAAACUUGACGACAUGUUGUGAGGACCUGAACAGCUUUAUAUAACACCAUCAUAUAGUUUAUUAAAGUGUUUUGUCAGAGAAUCUAUAAAAGCUUAAUAUGACAUCAUCAUAUGGUUUAUUAAAGAAUUUUGCUAUAGACCAUGAAAAACAAAAAUACUCCUUGUUAUAUUUAUUGUAGUCUGCACUGAGGCUGUUUUGUCUUAGGAGAUAAGACAUUUUCCCAAUUAAAUAACCACAUUUACAGAAUGUGGUUUAAAGAACUAAAUGUGGAACACAGGUAUAAUAGAAAUGCGGAGUCCAUGUAAUCAAAUGAAACACUCUUCCACUUAAGUCUGAAUACUGCGGUCAAGGCUGUCAUUUUAUAUGAUUUUGUUAAGACCUACUACGACACUGGAUCCUGGAUGGGAUAGUACACAAAUGUAUAGCUUGUCUUUAUUGGCAUUAUAAUUUUAUUAGCAACUACUCAUUUUAAGAUAUAUAUAUAUAUAUAUAUAUAU